UGUGGAGCCAGACAGCAAAACAACUAUUUUCUGACCAGAGUCCUCCCUGCACACACGGGGUGAUGCUCCCCACGGCUCUAACCAUGCAGUGACCGGCCCCUUGGCUUGGCUGGCAGCAGCUCAUCGCUUCUGAGAAACUUCACCAUCCUCAGCGGUGCAGCGAAAAGAUGUGGACAAGCCCCAUGGAGCUCAAGUGCCUUUUGAUGUGGCUCUUGUUUGGAUUCAUCAAGGGGAACAAGCGAGAAAAUUGCCCAGAUCCUCCAAGGAGGGAGUUUGCUGAUGUUGGUGCUGAAGCGUAUGUGCCAGGGACCAAGCUGUACUAUGCAUGUGACAGUGGCUAUGACAGAAAAAGUGGCCAUCACCCAGGAAUUCAAUGUAACAGUGGACAGCAGGGUGCCUCUUGGGACGACAGUGGAUUUGAAUGCAUUGAUAAGAAGACUUUGCUGUCAACGGGUCCCACGGAGGAGUUACAUUUUACACAGAAGCCAGAGAGUAAAGCACAAAGCCCUGCACCCCAGAAGCAAGAAGACUUUUCAGAGUCUGAUCAGAAAGAUUUUUGCGGUCCCCCCCGGCCUGUUCCGCACGCCUCCAUAAGACCGAAGAAACCCUAUUACUUGGGACAGGUGUUACAUUUCAAAUGCCAGAGUGGUUACGAUAAGCUGCCCCCCACCUCUGGCACCAGCACGUGCAAGAAGGUGAACGGCAGCAUCGUCUGGACCCCCCUUGACCUGCGAUGCACCAACGGCAGCAUCGUGUGGCCCCCACAGACCACUGAGCCAGAGAUGGUUUUUACUACACCACAGACCACUGAGCCAGAGAUGGGUUUUACUGCACCACAGACCACUGAGCCAGGUUCAGCUCAUCCAUCCUCUUCCUCCUCAGUGACACUGCCAGUGACAGCUAUCUGUUUUGCCCUACUUGUCAUUCCUGCUGUCUUUGUGUGACUCACCAAGCAGACAAUAAGGGAAGACUUCUCAGGGAAUUGCGGUGUUCAGAUGCAAACUCGUGAUAUCGAUGACUUGGCACAGAAGAAAACAGAUUGGUGCAGCAACUCCAAGACCACCAGUGGCAAAAGAGGAGGAAGCCUGGACACUCAAAUCCAGUGCGUGAAGGAGGCAGAAAAUAUUACAGCUUAAUUGUUACGGAGAUAGAGUGAAUUUCCACCUGCAGAGUACUGGUUGAAGGAGUGCACCCCAUCACAGAUAGAUGGGGAAAGACCCCUGCCUGAAACUGCUUCCCCAAAACACUUCUCCCUGUCCUGGCAUAUAGCAUUGCUGAUAGAACUGCAGCCCCUCCCAAGUGUCCAGGAGUACACACGGACCACUCAACCAAGAGCUCUGGAUGAUGGCACUCUCAUUUCAGCCCACACAACACCUUCCCCACAAACAGACCUGCUUUACUGGAUGCCUGAUGUGUCCCCCCCCUGCCCCUUCCCUGCUCAGAUGGGUCAAAUGCAGUCACACUUUCCUCCUUCUCAAACUGUUCCUCUCGGAAAUUAAGCCCAUUUACCCCUCUGCACACAGGCUGAAAAGCUGACUGGAUCCACUUAUAGUUCACUGUAUACAUGCAUUCAUCAUCACCCCCCUCUUCCCAACUAUUUUGGGCCAGUCCCUUCCACAACACUUGCUACGUUAUUGCUCCAGCUCAGACAAGGAAACUGCAGAUUGUGGCAGCUGAUUAAUCGGACAGCUCCUUUCAUAGCUGCAGAGAGAGAGAGAGAGAGAACCCAGAGCAAAGGCAUUUGAGGACAGGCUCAAACACACACAAUACUUGACAUGUACUUACAUUGCUGGGAAUUGGUGAAGUCUGAAUCGUUCUUCUGCCUUUUUUUAGCCACCUCAGCCUGGUAAGAUGGGUUUAAUCUGGCUGAUUGCAAGUGUCUGUGUCUGAGGCAG